AUGAAUAAAAAACUCUUGCUCUCACCAAUAAUAGUUCGAUCAAUUUUUCGUAGGACACGUAAUCCAUCAUCGAAAUCCUACGAUAUAAUCACUAGUGGAGCUUACAAAACCAAUAAUCUCCCACGUGUUGUUCCAAAAGAAAUCCCGCGACCAAAUCAUAUUUACAAUUUAGUCAAUGGACCCUAUCAAUCGCCAAUAUUGAUUAAAAACCAAUGGCAGUUAGAAGGCAUACGUGCAGCAUGUCGUCGAGCUCGUACUAUCAUCGAUCGAGUAUCAGAAUCUAUUCAACCCGGUAUAACAACAGAUGCCAUCGAUAGAAUAGUACAUGAAUUAUGUAUUUCGCUUGGUUGUUAUCCAGCGCCUCUUAACUAUGAAAAUUUUCCUCGUUCAUGUUGUACAAGUGUGAAUAAUAUCGUCUUACAUGGUGUACCCGAUGAUAGGCCGUUGAAAGAAAAUGAUAUUCUUAAAUUGGAUGUGUCAGUUUAUUAUAAUGGAUUUUUUGGCGAUGUUUCCGAAACGUAUCUUGUUCCGACAACAGGUAAAACUUCAACUGAUAAGCACGCACUCUAUCUUAUUAAACAUGCACGUCGAUGUCGUGAUCGAGCUAUCGCUGUAUGUCGACCUGGUGUUGAAUUUUCAGCGAUUGGUCGAGCUUGUGAAGAAUAUAUCAGACAAUGUAAUGGUUUAAAUAUCGUUAGAAGUGCAUGUGGACAUGGAUUAGGUGAACAAUUACAUGAGCCACCACAAGUAUUACAUUAUUUUGAUCCAAGUGAAAAACAAAUGAAAUGGAUUAUGAAAGAAGGAAUGAUACUUGCUAUCGAGCCUGUUAUAACCGAGGGUAACGGUCGUGUUAAAAUGUGUGAAGAUGAUAUUCAAGUAUGUACAACGGAUAAUUCAAGAUGUGCUCAAUUUGAACAUACUAUUGCAAUAACCUCAACUGGACACGAAAUAUUAACUGAAGGAAAAACUGAUAUGCGUCCGAAUGUUCUUGAUAGAAAAGAUGUUUUUGUAUAA